ACCAGGGUGGUGUCUUUUGGCACUGGCGUUUGCAAUUCGAGUCUACACUUUACCUUUAUGCCAAAUGAGCGGCAGCUAGAAAACAGAGACUUGCAGCUUCAGAACCGGUAUGGUGAACAAGCCUUUAAAUUCAACCCGAGGAUUGUUUUAUCGCCUCGGCUGGAUGUGGCGUUAGUAAGCGCGCAGAGAACGAGAAGAAAGCUUCAUCUGUUCCAUAGAACACUGGAAUCCUGGAUAUCAACCCCUAACAGUGCCAGUACACUUACUUUGGUGGAGUUCUGGCAACUGAGGAGCUGCAGUCAGGCUGGAUCGGAAUAAGCGAUAUUGAAGUAUCUAAAGGAGGUACGAUAAUCUUCAUUAAUAUGUCAGCAACACCCAGCCACCUGCCUUUCAACCAAACCAGCCUUUUUACAGAAACAUAUGAAAGAAUGGAUUCGCAAAAUGGACAAGGACAAGGAAACGCGGUGCUCUUCUGCUUGUCGUUGAGUAUAACGAUUCUAACUUUUGCCGGUAGCAUCUAUUCACUGUUGUCUUUGCUGAAGAUGCGGAGUAAGACCUCGCUUUCCCUUAUUGUGGCGUCUCUCUCCGUAGACGAUUUAAUUAGCGUGAUACCUUUAUCUAUAUUUCUGUUCAUACAAUGGGGGAGCAAAGACCAGCCCAGCGCACUGUGUAGUUCAUCAGCGCUUCUGUAUCUCUUUCAGGGGGUAUCAAGCAAUUUAAAGGCGUCGUUGAUUGUGUCUUACACUUUUUAUAUAACCAAACGGUUUGGAGCUUUCCAGGCUGCCAAACAACCACUGAAAAUAAUAUGGGCUAUAGUAGCUAUAUGGAUAGUCAGUUUGAUAGUAAGCAUAUUACCUUUAUGUGGCUGGGGCACCUUUGCGCCCACACAUUGGGGCUGCUUUACAAUGAGUCCCAGCUCCUAUGUGAUCUUCCUUUUUGUUCUGUAUGCCUUGUGUUUCUGCAAAGUCGUAGCUUUUUCCAUACCUCUUACAAACCAGCUGCUGUGCUCGGGCGACCAACAAAAGGGAUUGAAUCCCAGCUAUUCCGAGAUUGAAAGAAUACCAGUUGCAGAUGGGGCGGCACUGGUUAGUAACAUCUCGUCUCUCCCUCAAGGAGAACCCCUGGAGAAAAGUUUUAGGAGUUGUGAGGAGACGAAUCGGGAUUCUGUGCCUGUGCUUGUAAAGAACAAAGUGGAGACUUAUUCUUCUUCCAGCCCGACGACUUCUCACUAUCAGACGGAUGUGGAGAACUCCAGAAAUUCUCCUGUGUUUUUUGCUCAGAAACGUUUUUCUUUAAUUCUGGCUAUGGUUAGAAUAAUUUUGUGGAUGCCAAUGAUGAUACAGAUCUUGGCUAGUCAUGUCCUUCAAUUCAAGAGCCAGUCUGUUGAGACCCUGAGUUUUGUUCUGACCUUGCUCUCUGCUGCAGUCACGCCAGUAUUUGUUCUUUCCGAACGCUGGAUCCACCUGCCAUGUGGUUGUUUUAUUAAUUGCCGGAGAAAUGCAUACGCUGUGUCUUCAGACACAAGGGUCAAAAAGAAAGGUUUUGAAUUCAGCUUGUCCUUCCAUCGAGGGUAUGGAAUUUACAAAAUAGACCAGGCAAACAAUUGCUCUGCUGAAAAAUCCGUAUCAUAUCACAACUUUAUGAACUACGGCACCAAGUGGACAAAAACUGAUCCCAUAGAAAGUAAUCCGCCGAGCCGCGCCAACCUUGGUUUCAGAACCAUAACUUUGAGGGACAGCUCCUUGCAGACAGAACUCAACAAAGCAAUCAAGUCGGAGACAAAGCCUUGCAGCGCCGCCGGAUCUAACGCAUUUUACAGCAGCACUGCUGGAACGACAAUCAACGACAACAAUCUUGAUGGGUUGCCUGUGUUUGACGGCCCUGAAAGGAGAUUGUCCCACGAAGAAUCUCGCAAGCUAGAGCUCGCAGACUGGGAAUGGUGUCGAAGUAAAUCUGAAAGAACACCUCGACAGAGAUCCAGUGGGGGAUUAGCUAUUCCGCUUUGUGCAUUUCAAGGAACUGUGUCACUUCAUGCACCCACUGGGAAAACUCUCUCACUUUCCACUUACGAAGUCAGUAGUGAUGGUCAAACAAUAACCCCAACCAAUAAGAAAAUCGAAGUUUAUCGCUCAAAAAGUGUGGGGCACGAGCCUAACACAGACGACUCUCCAAACAGCAUUGCAGACACCAAUGUAAAAAUUCAUUUGGAAGUGCUUGAGAUCUGUGACAAUGAAGAGGCCAUGGAUACAGUGUCUAUAGUUAGUAACAUCAGCCAGUCUUCUACCCAUGCCAGAUCGCCAUCACUACGGUACUCCAGAAGAGAAAAUAGAUUUGUAUCCUGUGACUUGGGCGAGACUGCUUCUUACUCAUUGUUUAUACCCUCAAACAAUCCUGAUAGUGAUAUUAAUAUAUCUAUUCCCGACACUGUGGAGGCUCACAGACAGAACAGUAAAAAGCAGCACCGGGAAAAAUCUGGUUACCAGGAGGAGAUCCAAUUAUUAAAUGAGGUUUAUAGGAAACAGGAAGAGGAUACGGAUAAGUGAAUGAGGGCAUGUUUCAAGCUUAAUGUCCGUUUGUUACAUUUUUGCUGAUGUUGUGUGAAUGCAAAAAAACCCCAAACAAACUAACAAAAAAACCCCCAAAAAACCAAACAAAAGCUCAACCAUACAUAUUUUAUACAUAACACUUAGCAAAAUUCUUUCAAAUGUUACUGAAUAUGAUAAUAACUCAAUGCUGGAGCAACAGAACCACAAGCCACUCCGAAUGAUUGCAAACAACACACAACAGCAAACAAAACAAUUCAAAUGAUACAUGAAGCUAAUAGGUGGUGGUAAGAGAGUGGUUGCACUGUAAUAAUGAUAAUGAUGAUGAUAUUGAUGAUUAUGUUGAUUGUUAUAUUGCAUAAGCCAACAAUUAAAGUAUAUGUACAAAAAAGAAAGAACUGUAGUACAUAACUGUUAGAAAUAUCAAGUGGAAGGAAUUCUACAACACAAAUGCCAGAGCCAGUAUUAAAAAAAGUAACAUAACAUUCCAGAAACACUAUCGAGUUUAGUCAGCAGGUAACAUUACUCACAGUCUAUUACACAUACUCUGUCUGUGCAUGGGGAAAACAAAGUUAUUGCCAUAAACCCGAUAUGCUUAAUCUAACUUUGUAAUCAUCUAUGUGUAUAGAAUGUUUUCACAAAUCAAAUUCGCCUUUUGUAUUGCUGUUCUAUUCAAAAGCAAAACAGGUUUUGGUGUAUAUCUGCCACUACAUGUACCAUUACUGUUAUUGUUUUGUUUUGAUUCCAUAUGUAAAAUGAAUUUAGGAAAUAACACUGUUAUAGGCUACCCCUGUGGUGUUGAUUGAUAGGUAGGGGUUUUUAUGAUCACAAAAUGUGAGGUUUAAUUUGUGGUAUUUUAUUUUUAUUUUGUUGUAUAUAUUGUAACUGGUGCAUAAGGUUUGUUUGUGCUAUUCACAAUUCAAUGUCAUGUGAUUCCUUACAAACCAAGGCACUUUUGUAUGCUUUUGUAUUAAGGUGGUCCAUCUGCAACGUAUGGAGAUCUGGGGAAAAUGCAUUGCUGUAAUAAACAGUGGUAGUACUGCCUGUGUGUUGAGUUUAAUGUUUCAGUCGUCAAGUGGCAUCUCUCCCAGAUAGGAAUGUGGCAUACUCAGCUGUAAAUGUUAAUUUUAUCUCAGAUACUCCAGGAAUGAGAAACACUGAAAAACAACACAAUACGCAGAGGUCCCUAUUAAAUAAGCAGCCCUUUGGUGACAAGCUGAACCUGGUCUCACUGCACUAUAUCCUGGCAGAAAGACUCAUCUUUCAUUCCAAGCAUGCUGUGUUCAAAUCAAUGACCUAUAAAGUGGGUGAAGAAGCAACAUCCAAAUAGUAGUCUGAUGAAAUAUUAGCUGCCCGUGUCAGAACACAACAUGAAUAAAAGAAUGAUGAAAUAAUUUUCCCUUGCUCUCUGGUGACAUGU